UUAACAUAAUAAGAUUUCUAGUCAUUAAUUUCCGAUAAUGGCCGAGGCAAUGUUCAAAACGUUGUCGUUGGUCUUUGCGGCCACGGCUAUUGCAACGGCCGAGGCGGCUCUUGGACAGCGAGUGCCUUGCUAUUUCGUUUUCGGAGACUCCGUCUUCGACAAUGGUAACAACAAUGUCUUGAAUACCUCGGCCAAAGUCAACUAUUCACCUUACGGUAAUGAUUUUGCUAGAGGUCCUACCGGCCGGUUCAGCAAUGGUCGUAAUAUUCCUGACAUUAUCGCUGAACAAAUGAGAUUCAGUGAUUACAUUCCAUCGUUCACGGGAGCAUCGCCGGAACAAGCUCACACCGGAAUAAACUACGCUUCUGGUGGCGGCGGAAUUCGUGAAGAAACUAGCCAACAUUUGGGUGAAAUAAUCAGUUUUAAAAAGCAAAUAAAGAAUCACCGGUCGAUGAUUAUGACGGCUAAAGUUCCAGAGGAGAAGCUGAAUAAAUGUCUAUACACAAUUAAUAUUGGAAGCAAUGAUUAUCUCAACAACUAUUUCAUGCCGGCUCCAUACAUGACCAAUAAGAGGUUCAGUUUCGAUGAAUAUGCUGAUUCUCUCAUUCGAAGAGCAAGAAAGCUGGCUGUGUUUGGGGUGAGUAAGCUCGGGUGCACGCCGCGUAUGAUUGCCUCCCAUGGUGGCGGUAAUGGCUGUGCUGCCGAAGUGAACAAAGCGGUAGAACCUUUCAACAAGAACCUCAAAGCUCUUGUCUAUGAAUUCAACCGAAACUUUGCUGAUGCUAAGUUCACCUUCGUUGAUCUCUUUAGCGGCCAAACUCCUUUCGCGUUUUUCAUGUUAGGGUUUAGGGUAACAGACAAAAGCUGUUGUACGGUAAAACCAGGGGAAGAACUUUGUGCGACAAAUGAACCGGUUUGUCCAGCUCGAAGACGGUACGUGUACUGGGACAACGUCCACAGCACAGAAGCAGCCAAUAUGGUAGUUGCAAAGGCUGCGUUUACCGGACUCAUUACGUCUCCUUACAGUCUUUCUAGGCUUGCAAGAUUAUAGAGACAACAUUACAAAACAGAUUAACAUUAUAACUUCAUAUAAAUGCUGACUUUUAUU